AUGGGCGUCCAGGACUUCAACGACUGGUUCUGCAUCCCCGCGUUCUUCGUGCUCUUCCGCGAGACGCUCGAGGCCGCGGUGCUCGUCGCGGUGCUCAUCCAGUACCUCAACCGCGCGGACGCCAAGCACCUGAAGCGCCAGGUCUGGCUCGGCGCCGCCGUCGGCGGCGCGGCAUCCGUCGCCAUCGGCGUCGUCAUCCUCUCCAUCUACUACACGCAGAAGUCGACGAUGACGACGACGACGGCGUUCGUCGUCGAGGGCGGCAUGCUCGGCUUCGCGUGCGUCGUCAUCACCUACUUCCUCGUCACGCACCUCGCCCCGGGCAUGAAGUCGUCCGGGAGUUGGCAGGUCAAGUGGGAGCGCAACAUGGACGAGCUCGUGCAGGCGCAGAUCGACAAGACGAACGAGUACGGCUUCUUUACGCUCUCGUUCACGUCCGUGCUCCGCGAGGGCUUCGAGGCGGCCAUCUUCGUCGUCGGCUUCGGCGCGGCCUACAGGCCCGAGUCCAUGCCCAUCCCCAUCGUCACGGGCAUCUUCGCGGGCGUCGCGUUCGGCGCGUCGAUGUUCGUCGGCACGAACAAGAUGGACCUGUCGCUCUUCUUCAAGUUCUCCGCGGGCUUCCUGGCCCUCAUCGCCGCGGGCCUCGGGUCCCACGCGUCCUACGAGUUCCAGAAGGGCGAGGCCUUCGGGGCCUGGGCCUGCAAGCGCAUCUGCGACGACGUCUGGGUGCCCGCGAACCCGGCGCUCUUCGGCACGUACGCGUCCUACGCGCCCUACACGGACAUCGCGCCCCACGCGGCCAUCGACCUCGACGUGCUCGACUUCGAGGCCGCGCUCGAGGCGGGCGAAUGGGACGCCGCGUGGGCCGUCUACGCCGACGGCGCGCACAGCGCCAAGGGCGACGGCCUGCGCACGCUCCGCGGCUUCUCCAAGGACCUGAGCGGCGAGAAGACCUUCGACGAGUACAUGGCCUACCACCAGAACGCCAAGUACGCGGACGACUACGUCCGCGCGGCGCUCUGGGACCGCCUCUCGGACGACUCGUCGGCCAAGGUCGACCCGCGGCCGGCGCUCUUCGCGACGGCGACGCUCAGCGACGCCAUGGCCGUCGAGCUCGCCCUCAAGGGCGCCCAGUACCAGCACACGUGGAUCUACUCGACGCACGAGCUCUACAGCGCGCUCGGCAAGUGCGAGGCCGGCGACGUCGACGAGGCCGCGCCGCACGCGUGGGACGAGGGCUGGGCCUUCUACGCCGGCUCGACGACGGGCGCCGACGGCGACGAGCGCGGCGCCCUCGGCUACGGCCUCGGCGAGCGCCGCUGCGCCAACUUCGGCACGUGCGCGGACGACGGCCUACCGGCCUGGCGCUCCGAGGACGAGGGCGCGGCCGCGAACGCGAACGCCAAGCUCCUGCGCCUCUACGAGGCGGGCCUCAAGGACAUCCAGGACGCGGACCGCUGCGGCGACGCGCGCGCCUACGUCGACGACAUCGUCGCGCAGAUGACCGUGCCCCUGGUCCAGGGCACGCUCCGCUACGCGUACCGGUCGUCGCCCGAGGGCACCGCGGAGGCCCUCGGCAGCGACGGCAAGGUCUGGGCCGAGUUCCACGCCUUCGGCUACGCCCUACUCCCCCGCGUCCACGCCUGCGACGCGAGCGCCGGCGCCGCGCUCGCCGCGGCGCUCGAGGCUCCCGACGUCAUCGACGAGGCCACGGCCGGCGACCUCGUGCCCGGCGGCUUCGCGGCCGUCAAGGCCGCCCUCGAGUCCACCUACGCCUGCCUGGGCAUCACCUGCGCCGACGUCGGCGGCCUCCAGGCCGGCGACGGGUCGCCCAUCGAGGGCAUGGGCGCGUGCGCCGACGGCUCGUCGAUCGACGACGGCGCGGCGUACUUCGACGCGCUCGAGGAGAUCGGCGCGCGGCCCGACGGCGACUGGGAGGAGGAGAACUGCGACGACGACGAGGCCGACGCGUCGUGGCACUCCUACCGCCGCCUCGAGGCCGAGCCCUGGUACGACGCGCUCGUCGAGCAGGUGCCCGAGGCCUACGGCCGCAAGCUCGUCACCGAGCGCGCCAAGUCGUGCGACGGCAAGGGCCAGUCCAUCGCCUGGCCCAACGAGGAGGUCUGGGACAUCACGGGCUGCUGCGACACCAAGAACGGCUUCUUCUUCCUCAUGAUGGUCCUCUUCUGGUACCGCCCGGCGAUCACGAACCUCGAGCUCAUCAUCUGGGUCAUCUACUGGCCCAUCAUCGCCUUCUGGGGCUGGUACAAGGUCCGCGACAUCACGGACUUCAACGCCGACCUCCAGGCCGCCGCGGACGCCAAGGGCGAGGAGGACCUCAAGCCCGAGGCGGAGUGAGCGCGCCCCGCGCGACCCCGCCCCCCCCCCGAGGCCGGCGCGGACGCGCCGAACCCCGAGCCCCGAUCCCCGAUCCCCAGCGCCGCGCGCCCGAGCGCCCGCCGCCGCCGCCAGCACCCACCCCCCCCCCUGUCUAAACACGUCUGUGUUCCUUACGUCGCGUCGGCGGAGGCGUCCGCGGCGUACCCGUAG